UAUGGAGGAAGAAGAGGAUACAAAUUCUUUUUUGGGACAUCCAGAUGGUUUUAUAACCCAAACUUCUAUUGAACAAAUAAAAUUAGAAAAUAUAAUUAAAUCUAUUAGGGCAACGACAACAAAAGAUGAUUUAAAUAAUAAUUUUAAACUUCAUCGUCAACAACAUAUUAAUUUUAUUUUGGGAUUAUUAAAUAAUUUACCUGGAGGAUAUUCUGAGUUAAGUUCAAGUAGAGCCUGGUUAUGUUUUUGGGGUGUUCAUAGUUUACGUUUACUUGGUGGACAUUUAAAAGAAGAAUUGGCUAAUAGAAUUAUUUCUGUUCUCAAUUUGUGUAAAUCUUCUGGUGGAUAUGCUGGGGCCCCCGGACAUUGUCCACAUAUUGUUACUACUUAUGCUGCAGUAAUGACGUUAGUUGAAAUUGGAACUGAUGAAGCUUUAAAAUCAAUUGAACGGGACAAAUUAAAAGAAUUUAUUUCAUCAAUGAAACAGUCUAAUGGAAGUUUUUGUGUUCAUGAAGAUGGAGAGAUUGAUGUUAGAGCAGUUUAUUGUGCUUUUACUGUUUCUUAUUUGUGUAAUUUGCCUAAUUUGGAAGAAUUAUUUGAAGGAUCGUCUGCUUGGUUAACACGUUGUCAAACUUAUGAAGGCGGUUUUGGUGGAGAGCCUGGUUGUGAGUCACAUGGGGGUUAUACUUUUUGUGCUCUAGCUACAUUUGCUUUAAUGCAAAAAAUGUAUUUAAUUGACACUCAAUCAGCUUUACGUUGGCUUGUAUUUAGACAAAUGAAGUUGGAAGGGGGAUUUCAAGGCCGUACAAACAAAUUAGUGGAUGUUUGUUAUUCUUAUUGGUUAUCAGCUUGUUUUUGUGCUAUUGAAAAUGAAAUAUUUAAUAAAGGAAAUUCAACAGAGGAAGAUAAAUGUCUUUUUAAUGUUGUUGAUUUACAAAAAUAUAUUUUGGAAAUUUCACAAAAUAAUUGUGGAGGGUUUAGAGAUAAACCUGAAAAGUAUUUAAUUAAUUUUAAAAAAAUAAUUUUUAAAUUUAAAUAUAGACAAGUUGAUUUAUAUCAUACCUGUUAUGCACUUUCUGGCCUUUCAAUAGCUCAAUCUUUUGCUAAAACAAAUGAAGAAAUAAUUGGGGGAGAAAAUAAUUUAUUGGAGCCAAUACAUCCAUUAUUAAAUGUAACAAAGAAUGCUUAUGAAAAGGCUUUUGAUUAUUUUGAUAAAUUAAAAUAA